AAUUACGUGAAAAUAUUCCUGAAGGUUGUCGUGCCAAAUGCAAAGAGUGGGAGUGUUGAUGAUCUUAAAAUAAUAAGUGGUAAUGUUGUAUGUGAUGAUAAUCUGUGUAUAUUCAGUCUUCUAGCUGAUGAAAACAAAGAAAAAAGGGAUGGAGAACAAUCCUUAAGACUAGCUCUUAAAUAAAAAAGGAGUGAUCUGUAUAAAUAUAAAUUCUGUGUGAUCUUUAAAUAAGUGUUAAUGUUGAUAUAAAAAUUAAAAUGAUCGCUGUUUUGGAUGUCGGGGACAAUAGUUACUUCAAAUCUUUUUUGCCUGCUGUUAACUCGCCACCGGUUCCUCACCGGGACGUAUCUGGAUCAUCCACUCAAUACCGUCCCUUCAAUGAAGAAUAUGCCACAGUCCAACGCCGAGCCGACAGGCCGAUUCAACCAGAUGUUGAUCACGAAAGGAACAAGAAAGACAAGAAAUGGUCUCUUGGAAAACUGUUUCGAAGAAAGAAGAAGGAGGAAGAAAGUCCCUCGUCAUCAGAAAGUGACGAAGGAGUUAAUACGCGGUCUCCAUCCAAAAAGAAGGCAAAGAAGAAGAAACGAACCCCAGCUGUAAAUAAUUUUGAUCAUAUUGUAGUCAGAGAUACCAGACGCGCUCAAAGUGUAGCCAACCCUCUUAUAAAGGAUACUGCAGAUGAUGGUGUUCUAUCAGAUCCUUCAGCUGGAUUUAUAAACUAUCGAGCCAAAAAUCAACUUUAUGGAGCUUCAAAGGAAACCUUAAGUCUAAGAGAUGAUAAUUCAUGUCGUUCAAUGAGAACUAUUUUAGAUACACCAUCGAGAAAAUCUAGGAAAGGCAGACUAAAGGCUCGAGUGGAAGCUUUAAGAAAUAGUAUGAGAGGGGAAUCGAGUAGCGAUGAAGAAUCACUAAAAUCAUCUAAUUCUUCCUCAAUGGUCCGAUUCAGAAGUGAUGAUUCGUUGAUGCGUUCAAGGGAUAGUUCUUUAAACAAAAGAAGUAGAAGUGCAAGAAAUGAAAGAUAUAUAAAACGAUUAUCUCGCGAUGAAGAAAAUCAAUUAAAUAAAGAAGCCGAAUUAAUACAACAAGGCUACACAAAAGCAGAAGUUGAGAUGUUGACAAGAACUCCAACGAGUCAAAGUAGUGGAUACGGGACUUGUAAAAGAGAACAAAAUAGUAGAGUUAAACAAGAACAAACUUACACAAGUGAUUUAAGUCGUCGCCCACUCAAAUCUGAAUCAAUAUCAUCUUUUCCAUCUACUCAAAGUUACCCUUCAUCAAUUAACUUCAACGCAAAAGUUAACAGUGAACAUAUUAACUAUUCCAUACAAUGCCCAAAUAAUAUCAUUCAUAGGGAACCGCUUUAUGCAAAUAAUAGUCGAGAGGGCAGCGUUAAUAAUCACUAUGAACGACCUGAAAACAUAAUGUGCGUUAAAUUUCCAUUAGGAAAUGUUACUAAUGUAAAGAGAGACGAGAGAGCCCCACCAGUACCACCUCCUCGCGACUUGCAAAGGAAGGUCGCCACUCCUGUGUCAAUGUACUAUGAGCCCAAUUCUAUAGUACCUGAUAAUAUGGGUAGUAAACAAAAUAUGUUACAUGGUGUGCCUAACAACGACUUUGAUAGAAUUAUGCGACGAAGUCAAGAAAGAACGAUCGGACAGAGUUUUAAUGGGCUACGACGGCCUAUUUCCAAUUCUGAAGACCACAUUGCAAUGCAAAACAACGAAUAUCUACAAAACUUCUACUAUAAAAAUGAACAACCUCGAAGGCCUGCUUCAGUAUCAGCAGAACCUAAUCAUUAUGGUCUUUAUGCAAAUACACCGCCGUGGAGAAAAAAAGUUGACCAAUCAUCACUUAUUAAGCCCGAACCUAUUCAAUUACGCCAGGAUUAUUUAUAUUACGCUGACGGUAGUCCUAGAUCACGGCGUCCCAUUAGCAUAAAAACUAGUCAAAAUUGCCAUGAAAACCAGUAUAUGAGUGACUCACAGACGUCAUUAACAGAAAAUAUAUACCGUAGACCUCGAAAUGCUUCGGAAUUUUGGAGAAAAAUUGAUGACGCUGAAAGACAAAAAAGAAAACAAGUUAAUUUUGCUAAUUCCCGAAGCAAAAGUGAAUGUCCCAGUAAUACUCAUAUAAAUAAAUCAUCAAUGGAUCGAAAUAGUAAAAAUAUUCAUAAAACUGAGGAUACUGAUUACCAAAAUAAAAAUAAAGUGGAAUAUAAACAAGCGUCUGUAGAUACUACAGAUGGUGCUAGAAUAUGGAAAGCUACAACAGAAUACAAACGGUCUGUUACGGUCGAUCCACCGAUUAUUUCACCUACAUCUAAAACUCAUACACGUCAUAAGUCUGAUACUGUCGUCCCAAAUUCAUAUCAAAUAUUAUCAGAUGAAGAAAAAAAUUCUGAACGCCGAAAAUCAACAAAUCUCGACGAUGCUCUUAAUGAACUUGAAGCAAUUUAUAAUAGCUUAGGUUUAGGUGACGAAGAUUUAUUAGAUAGAGCAGAACGCCGUGAGCUAAUGACACCAAAGUUUAAUGACAAUUUCAAUGAUUGGAAUGGCAAUGAUGACGAUAUACAACUACGUAGUCAACCGACGACACCAUUGAGGCGAGUGCCAAGACGAUCCACAUUACCUGACAAAUUACAAGAUGAUAUGGCAUUCCGAAGAAUGAAUUCUCUAACAAAAGAAAAACCAAACUAUAAAGAUACUCAGGCUCAAAUAAGUUAUAUGUUAGCUUCCCCUGUCUAUGUACCAUAUGCAUCUGAUGAGGAUAGAAAUUCUGAACGGCAUGAACCAGAUAUAGUUCACGAUGACGUCGUUUACCGGAAUAUUAAGCAGACAAACAGUCGAUUAAAAACCAUUGAACCACAACCACCAUUUGGAAUUCCAAUAGGACCGGUAACUCCGGCGCCACAAAGUGACUAUUUACAUGCUACUCCUGAAAAUAAGGGUAGAUCAAGAUUCAUACCAAGAAGAUCUCCGGAUUUGGUUUCAGAUGACUUAGCUUACAGAAGUCUUCGAAAAGAUAAUAGACAUUCAUCUUUAUUCAACGGGGAUGAAUACAAUGGUUAUAUCAAUAAUAAUCAAAGCUACACAGAGUUUCCUUUUACAAAAGAAUCAGUUGCGAACUUAAAGAAGAAAAGAGCAGUUCGUUCGCUUUCGGCCAAUAUAUUUACAAUGAUUCAAAAAGAGAUUGAUGAUGCUGUAAAUAUGAGUAAAGUGGCUUCACUUCAAAAAACACCUAGCAAUAAUGAUGUCAUGAGACGUCUUCGGGAAACAUUUGACAGUAACGAUAAUGAACAGGAUCACUAUCCACGCAAUAAGGUAAAACAUAGACACAACACUGUUAGUCUCUUUGUCAAUAACCAUCACACCCCCACUUCCCAUUUCGCAAAAGACGAUUCAUUUCUUCAUAAUGAUGAUAAAUAUCUUGCUAAGCCUCCAUCAUGUGAUAAGUCCAAAAGUUCAUCGCCAUCAAAUAGGUCACCACAGUCCUCCAAACGAUCAUCCAAGGAUGAGUUUCAGCAAGUUUUAAGCAUGUUAGCACAAGAAGCUAUGGAUACCAGUAACAAAUUGGGCGUAGCCCUAGCUGAGUUAGAUAAAAACAGAAAUAAUGCUGAAAAAAAGUCAGAUAUUCAGUCCCGGUUAUCUGAUUGUAGGUUAAACUUUUUGAAUGGUUUAACAAACAUGUCAUAUGAGGAAUCAAUGCCUGAAGUAAAACAUGUAAAAGUUCAUUCAGAAAUCGUUCACGAUAAGAAUAAUGACAAGGAAUCUAUUAAAAUCGAGGAAUCUAAAGGGAAAAAGACUGAAGAUAGUCUUCUUGCUAUAUCCAACCAACUACAUAGAGUUGAAGAUCAAUUGAAACAUAGCUAUGAAAGAGAUCUUAAUAUCGAAGAUGAGAGUUUGCGCCUUUCCAAUUAUAUUGAAAAAGCAGAAGAGUGUCUGAAUGCUGAAAAAACUACCGUUGUGGAUUCCGAUAAUAAAUUGAUUGCUGAUGUUAUCCCUUCGAAUGUUCAAAAUGACGCUGUCAAAGUUGAAAUUGCAAAUGACCGUAAAGAUAUAAUAGAUUCCCACAAUAAACCACAAGUUCAAAUCAAUUCACUCAAUCCAUUCUUGAAUAUGGAUGAUAAAAUAAAGGAAAUUAAUGAAAUUAAUGCAUUCAAAGAAUUGAAAGACGGGAUUUCUGAUUUAAUCGCAGGAAUAACACAAGUCAAUGAAAAAUUGUUUGUUCCCAAAAUAGAGAAAACUGAAAAUAAGACUACAGAUGCGAAUAAAAUGACGGGCAUAUCAGAGGCCGGUGAAAAAUUAAAUCAAGUAACUGAACAAAGUACUGAACCGAACAAAGCGCAUAGAGCAUCUGUAAAUUUGUCGAUAUACGAAGACGAUUUAGAAAUCAGAAAAGACGCUGUUGAUUCUACUGAAUACAACUCCUCCGAGGAAUUAGCGACAAUAUUCAAGUUAGACAGCUCUAAACCUCAAAUUAAAGCUGUAAAUGAAAUUCAUGCGGAAUCAGAAACCGCAGCAAGGGCUGAUCUCAGCUCCCCAAAGCUGGUCCAAAGUGUAAAUCAGCACCUGAGAAGGCUCUCGGUCGACCAAACAAACGAUACUCCUAGUCAAAGCAACUCACUGCCUACUAAUAUAGUGCCGUGGAGAGCUAAAAGGCAAAAUAGUUCACAAAUAGAAAAUAGAGGCGAUAACACGGAGUCAAAGCGUAGUUGGCGCGACUCAGGCACUUUGAUGUUAGCUUGUUCCUACACCCUGAUGUUCUCCCAGCACCUGGCAGACUUGGACUGGCUGACGCUGCUCGGCUUGUUACUGGCCGUUAUCACAAUUAUUGCUAUGCUUAUUAUAUAACCCGUAGAUAUAGAAUAAGAGACAGUUGCACUAUUGGUAUCAUUAUACUUCCUAUUGAGCCUCUCUCAAAACCGAGCAUUCUCUAUACACGCCACCGAGGCUCCAAACAUCUGUAGGUAAGCUCCAAGCGAUAGUCCUCAAAAGUGUAACCAUCUCUUGAAAUAUAAUAAAAUCGCCUUCGCUUUUCAAUCGCCAGAAUAAACAGUAACCAUAAUAACAUCUGACUGAUUUUAACUAUCAAAAGGAAUUUAAUAAUUUAUUUCUUAUUAAGGAUUUUAACAAAUAAAUGAUUAAUUGAUUAAAUUAGCAUCCCCCAGCCUACAAUGACCUUUUUGCCUGUAAUAUAUGUGUUUUAAAUAUUCACGUAUGUAUACAAUCAUGUUUGAUCUAUUCUGAUGAUUGAUUGCUGUGCGAAGUUUUUAUUCGUUUUUAUUGUCUAUACAAGAUAUAACCUCUACUACCAUAAAUUUAUUAUAUUUCCAGUGUAUUAAUUUAGUUAUUUUAUUUUAGUUUUUAGCAAUAAUAUCAUGAAGUUGUUUCAUUUUACUUUGUAACGUUACCUGUGAUUUAUAUUUUAUUUCAAUGUAAUGUGUGCCAAAUACACGAUCAAAAUUUUGUUUAAAAUCUCGUGUUUCUUAUGCAUGUAUAGAUUUUGCAUGUAGUGUUGUUUUUUUUUAACCCUGCAGUGGACGCGCACCUAAUCGAGACAAGAGUGGUCGCGCGGACUACAUACGUAGUCCAUAUUCAAAAUGAAAUAACUUUUGUUUUUUUAUAUAAUUUAUUUAUUUUACUUAUGGAAUUAUAAUCAGUAUAGUUUUCUUAACUAUAUAAAAUAAAAUAAAAACUUAGAUGUCAACUCUUUUUUAUAUUAAUUAAACAAAAACAAAAAUACUUCUCUAAAUUGGCACAAUAAUCACAGCUUUGAUUGAUUGAGAUCACAUUUAAAUAUAAUAAUAAAAAUUCAUCAUUCAUAGCAUUUUCUACACAGGAAAGACACAUAAUCUUGGAAUGAUCUCCACAAAUAAACUUCUUGCAGGCAGUGCACGACUUUCAAGUAUUUUUAUUGCGAGCUCUUCUAUAGUCGUGGCAACGGCGCCUACAUUGCUCGACGUCGCCUCUGAAGCUGGUGCUUGUCUUUUUUGGUCCGUAAUACCUAGAAAAUCUUUAAUUUUUAUUGUCAAAGACCUCGGCAACGAUUUUGAGUCUAUUCUUUUUUGAGCCAAUGGUUUCAUCCAACCCAAAGAUAAAUCGAUCAGGAAGUCCCGACGGCAUAUAUUUUCAUAAUUUUUAUUUGCUGUGUAAAUACAUAAUGCAUUUGGUGCACUCAAGUUUAGUAAAUUGAAGAACACCAUUAGAGGCCAUCUUCUAGAGUUUCUCGAAACGUCAUACAAAGAACAUUUUAUCAACAAAAAACACUAUGUUGCCUCCGGGUUCUUCCUCUGUUUUGAGGAAGCGUUUUAGACCACACUGUGUUAUCAACUCCUGUGUAAUAUUCAUUACGCCAUCGUCUUUGCUGAGGUGGUUCCUCAUCUUCAGAGCUUUCACCCGACCCUUCUCCUCUAAUAUCUUGUUCCUGCUCUGAUCUACUACCUCGUCCGAGCUAGACUCAGCUUGAUAAUUGUCGAUGUCGGCAUCAACUUCUCUCAACCACGCCUCUAUUUGUGCAGCUUGUCGAUAAUCCAUUUUUAUCCUAAAAAUAUAAUGUUAAAUUAAUUUAUAGUAAAAUAACAUAAAUCAAAAAUAUUUAUAUUACAUAUUUACAUCAAUUUAUACAUAAAAUAAAUUAAAACAAAAAAAAUAUGAAGUGAAAAAAUACUUACGUAAUUGGUCGCACGGACUACAUGUGUAGUCCAGGAACUUUGCGGAGCUAGUAUUGCUACAUCCGCGUGUGACCGGCGCUCGUGCUGCACUGUGAACUUUCCGCGAUUAGUCAUUUGAAAGUACCUAGCGGCACAAGAACCUAACGUGUAGCGUUUAAGAAAUAAAACUGAUUUUGUAUCAGUGGACUACAUAUGUAGUCCGCGCGACCACUGCAGGGUUAAAAUGUAGAUUUUGUUAGAACUCUUAUGUGUAUCACUUAUUUUAAGACUGUAAAUAAAAAAAUUAAAAGAUAAAUACGUCAAUACAUACGAAUAUGGCAACAAUGUGCAUCGAAUUUUGUAAGUUUAGUAACUAGAUACCUAGAUAGUAGGUGAGUACCUACUACUAGAUACUACCUAGGAAUAAAACUAAGCAUAGGCUGUUUGCUAACGAUUUUCAUUUAUGUAUUGAUUUGGUGAGACUACUUUGGAGUUAAAAUCAUCAUCCUCCUGACGUUUUUAAAUAUAUCCCAGUUUCUUUGCCUCUGAUCAAGGGAUUACUACCUACAUAAUGCGGGUAAUAACCCGAUUUCUUUCUGACCUCCGAGACCACGCUUAGAAAAGGGAUCUUACCAAACAUGGAUAAGGUUGUUGGCAAAAAGAUUAACUGGUCCUAUUCAAAGUGCCGAAACCACAAGGCUCAAAACGUGGACUACUAAAGUCUAAGUAAAGUGUGUAAAGAAAAAUAUAGCUUGAUCUUUGUGACACAUGUCAAAAACUGGGACAAAAUGGUCCCACUUGUGGGUGGGACUGGGAUAGACGGGCUUUUUACACUCGUAGUCUAAGAAAUGGCUUCGGAACCAGCGACGUUGGUCUUGUCUCUCAUCACUGCCUUUGGCCAUAAAGCUGUAUCCACGACCGCAGCCUAAAAAUCUGACAUCAUGAUGAUAAAAACAUCUUUUUCAUACCUCCGUCGUAGUUAUCGUUCCAUCUUUUAGGUACCAAAGAGAUCAAGCUACAUUUUAUAGAAGCUACACUUUAUGAUAAUCCUGUAGAACGAUACCUAUGUUAAAAUUGAUUUUUUUCUAGGUGAUAACUGAAUGCCACUUCUCCACCGGCGUACAUAAGAACUUCAAUGCGUUUAAGUGAUUUUAUUGUAUUAAGCUACAUUAUUGUAUUGUAAUUUUAUGACAUACCUACUUCAUUAUGUUUAUGUAGAGGCUUCCAGUUACAUAAAAAGAGCGUUAUUUAUAUGAGAGAAGUUAUAAUUUAAAUAAAAUGUUUCAGUUGA